AUCCCAAUCCCAUCCUCAAAUUAACUCAUUAGUCUCUCUUAGAAACCAGAGUUAUAUGGCUCUCUCUUUGCUUUCCAAACUCUCCAUUCUAACAUUCACCGCAUCAGUUUUCAUAGUUUCAUCUCUGGCUCAUGAUUUCUCCAUUGUGGGAUACUCACCAGAGCAUUUGAGUUCCAGGGAUAAUCUUCUUCACCUCUUUGAUUCAUGGGUAUCUAAGCAUUCCAAAUUUUAUGACUCCAUUGAAGACCAGCUGUUGAGGUUCGAGGUUUUCACAGAUAACUUGAAGCAUAUAGACAAGAGGAACAAGGAACUCAGCAGCUAUUGGCUUGGGUUGAACGAGUUCGCUGAUUUAACACAUGAUGAGUUCAAGAACAAGUAUUUAGGAUUCAAACCAGACGUUUUCAGAAACAAGCAAUCACCUAGAGAGUUCACUUAUAGAGAUUUUAUUGAUUUGCCCAAGUCUGUGGACUGGAGAAAGAAAGGAGCUGUUACUCAAGUCAAGAAUCAACGUAACUGCGGUAGCUGUUGGGCUUUUUCAGCGGUGGCGGCUAUUGAGGGCGUAAACAAGAUUUUGACGGGGAACUUAACUUCGUUAUCUGAACAAGAACUGAUUGAUUGCGAUACGAGUUUCGACGACGGCUGCAAUGGAGGUCUGAUGGAUUACGCAUUCAAGUUCAUCGUCACCAAUGGUGGACUUCGCAAAGAUGAAGACUACCCCUACCUUAUGGAGCAAGGCAUCUGUGAAGAAAAGAAGGAGCAAAUGGAAGUGGUGACGAUUAGUGGUUACCGUGACGUGCCUGAAAAUGAUGAGCAAAGUCUUUUGAAAGCACUGGCUCAUCAACCAGUAAGUGUAGCCAUAGAGGCUUCUGGCAGAGAUUUCCAAUUCUAUAGUGGGGGAGUAUUCGACGGGAAAUGUGGAACGGACUUAGAUCAUGGAGUAGCAGCAAUUGGGUAUGGAACAUCAAAGGGAUCAGAUUACAUAAUCGUAAAGAAUUCGUGGGGGCAAUCAUGGGGAGAAAAAGGGUACAUAAGGAUGAAGAGGAACACUGGAAAACCUCAAGGCCUCUGUGGAAUCAAUAAAAUGGCUUCGUAUCCCACCAAGAUGAAGUGAUUAUAAUUUCUAUCUACUAAUAGUAAGCAAGGUUCAGCAUCGAACAGCAUAAAAAUCCUUAUUUUUAAGAGUAUAAAAACCCUGUUUCAUGUUAACUAUGAACACAGCUCAAAUUUGUAUAAUGAUCAAAUUGUCCAGGCAGGGAUAGCUGGCAAAAAAUCA